UAAACUUACCAUGGUCCAUGGUGCCUGAAACGUGUUUUAGUGCCAAUAGACAAAGGUUACACUGGAGAUAACAAAGCGGAAAGAACACGAUCUACGAUCCACAAGUUUCUACAAUCCAUCAUGUGCGUGCUUCUGCGCAGCUGGGCCUACAGGAUGUGUGUCCGGUGCACGGUACGCGUCUGCGCAGUCGCAAUUCUGCUCUGCCCGCUUCUCAGUAGUGACCCGCGUCUCUCUGUGAAGGAGAACCAGUACACAAUGGACCUGUAUGUAGCCGUGGGUUCAGCUGUGAACAUUCCCUGUAAGGGUGAGGGCGGAGAAGGGGCCCAGUGGAGGCUGAACGGGAUGGCGUUCAACCCGGGUCCCGUCCUCUCCAUCCGUAACGCCAGCCUGGAGGACAGAGGCAACUACACCUGCCACAGCAGGAACGGGUCCCUCCUCCAGACACUGUUCCUUCAGCCCGGAUACCCUCCAUCUCUCCUGAAAGUGAAGUGCUCAUCUCCUGGUUACCCUAUAACAGCCACAUGUUCCUGGAGCGAAGAACCUGAGCCAAUGCUGCCAACGCGCUACACUGCCACCUAUGGGAUAAGUCAUAAGUCAAGGUUCCAUCCCUGCCGCCCUGUCCCGAGCCUGAGGCACCACUGCGUUCUGAACAUCAGUCUUUUCCAGAGCGACCCCCAGGUCAUCAACGUCACCGCCACCAACCCGCUCGGGAGCAGGUCCACCUUCUUCAGCUUCAUAGUUGAAAACGCUGUAAAGCCAGACCCCCCAGUUAACGUGACGGUGACCCAGAGAUUGGCAAGGCAGCUGUACGUCCAGUGGGCUCCUCCCCCAUCCUGGACUGACCCCACCAACUUUCCGCUAAUGUACAAAGUUCAGUAUUACCAUGGCGACAUCAGGUCGGCGCGCGAGCUGGGCCCGUACAAGUGCCAGAGUAUGGUCCUGAAGGCACUUCGGCCAGGGGCUACCUACGUGGUCCAGGUCUCUGCGCAGGACCAGCUGGUGGGACAGAGGAGUGACUGGAGCGAGCCCGUCAGUGCCACUGUCCUCCCACGCUAACACACUUGCUUAUGGUUUGCCGUUGUGUCGGAUGAUUACCAUCUACUCCGUUUUCAUGGGAUUUUUGAUGGCUGCAUAGGCCAAUACUGAAAGCACAGCUUCAGCUGCAGACAGGGCAUGUGUGGACUGGGUUUAUUGUGGAUGGGGAACACACACGCACACACAUCUACACAAACACAUGCACACAUGCACACAAAUGUACAUGCACACAGGUGCACACGUGUACACACACACGCAUGCACGCACACACACACACACACACACACACACACAGAUGCAUUCCCUGUAAAGCCUGCAUCAACAAGACAAAUGUUAGCCAAUGUUAAUGCUAAUGUUAGCAAAUUUUAAAAUAAAAAUAAGAUAAAUUAAACUGG